CCGCUAGGAUGGAUCAGAGAAGCGGACAUCACUAAGCUCUAGGAUUGUAUUCUUCUCUUGUCCCCUUGAACCUCUCUGCAAGCCCCCUCGGGUAGGGAAGAGUCCCGUGACUCCUGCACGCCCCUGGCCAUGUCACCUUUAAUCCGUGCCUCAGUGUGGCCCUCUGAGGGUUCCCAGGGCUGGCCUGGGUUGUUUCCCACCGGUGCGUUCUCUCCCUCCCCCAGCCCAGCCCUGCUGGCAGGACCCCAUCAAGCCCAGACUUUUUGACUUGUGGCUCUCUUUCCCGCCUCCGCCCCCAACAGGAGGGUGGCCCUCCAGAGCCGGACUUCGCCCGGCCCCCGGCUGGCUGGGACCAUGGUGUUUCUCUCUGGAAAUGCUUCCGAAGGCUCCAACUGCACCCACCCGCAGGCACCAGUGAACAUUUCCAAGGCCAUUCUUCUCGGGGUGAUCCUAGGGGGCCUCAUCAUUUUCGGGGUCCUGGGAAACAUCCUAGUAAUCCUCUCGGUGGCCUGUCACCGGCAUCUGCACUCGGUGACUCACUACUACAUCGUCAACCUGGCGGUGGCCGACCUCUUGCUCACCUCCACUGUGCUGCCCUUUUCCGCCAUCUUCGAGAUCCUGGGCUACUGGGCCUUCGGCAGGGUGUUCUGCAACAUCUGGGCGGCGGUGGACGUCCUGUGCUGCAGUGCGUCCAUCAUGGGCCUCUGCAUCAUCUCCAUCGACCGUUACAUCGGUGUGAGCUACCCGCUGCGCUACCCCACCAUCGUCACCCAGAGGAGGGGCGUCAGAGCUCUGCUCUGCGUCUGGGCACUUUCCCUGGUCAUCUCCAUCGGGCCCUUGUUCGGCUGGAGGCAGCCGGCCCCCGAGGACGAAACCAUCUGCCAGAUCAACGAGGAACCCGGCUACGUGCUCUUUUCGGCGCUGGGCUCUUUCUACGUGCCGCUGGCCAUCAUCCUGGUCAUGUACUGUCGGGUGUACGUGGUGGCCAAGAGGGAGAGCCGAGGCCUCAAGUCCGGCCUCAAGACCGACAAGUCGGACACCGAGCAAGUGACGCUCCGCAUCCACCGGAAAAAUGUCCCUGCAGGAGGCGGCGGGGUGAGCGGCGCCAAGAACAAGACGCACUUCUCAGUGCGGCUGCUCAAGUUUUCCCGGGAAAAGAAAGCGGCCAAAACGCUGGGCAUCGUGGUGGGCUGCUUCGUCCUCUGCUGGCUGCCCUUCUUCGUGGUGAUGCCCAUUGGGUCUUUCUUUCCUGAUUUCAAGCCCCCGGAAACAGUUUUUAAAAUAGUAUUUUGGCUCGGAUACCUAAACAGCUGCAUCAACCCCAUCAUAUAUCCAUGCUCCAGUCAGGAGUUCAAGAAGGCCUUUCAGAAUGUCUUGAGAAUCCAGUGUCUCCGCAGAAAGCAGUCUUCCAAGCACGCCCUGGGCUACACCCUGCACCCACCCAGCCAGGCCCUGGAGGGGCAGCACAAGGACAUGGUGCGCAUCCCUGUGGGAUCAGGAGAGACCUUCUACAAGAUCUCCAAGACAGAUGGGGUCUGUGAAUGGAAGUUUUUCUCUUCCAUGCCUCAUGGAUCUGCCAGGAUUACAAUGCCCAAGGACCAAUCUACCUGCACUACAGCCCGGGACUUUUAACCACGAAACCACGUGCACACAGCUCCGGCGGAGCCCAGUUGGAACACUGCACCUGCUCUGGGCCUCCAACCCAUGCUGAGGAGCAGGGCUGAGUCCACACCUUCCAAAAGCCAUGGAAACAGUGGCCUCUGACCCCCCAAAGCCCCUGCAAGAUGAGUGAGUGGACAUGACCAUGGUGGGGCUGGGCGGGAAGAGAGUUAGGAUUUCAGUAGAGGACGCUGGCCCCUGGCCAGUGGUAUGGACAGCAUGAUCCUGCUUGUGCUCCCCAGACCUUAAUGACGUGUGAGUGAGCUGAGAAUGGGCCUUACCUGCUCUGUACAGAAUGUUGCAUUUCAAUCCGCUGCUGCUACAAGAUGGAUUAGAAGUAAUUCCACCUGUGAAGGCUCUGGGGGUGGCAGAGAAUUGAGGUGAUUCACCACAGCCACAGCCAUGGCCCAAAGCGGAGUGGUUUAGUCAUGUUUUGCUGCAUCUGAUAAGCAAAGAACUGCCCUAAAACUGGUGGUUUAUUCAUUUCAAAAGGCAAAAUCAUUACUUCCUUAUCAUGUAGCUCAGGAGUUUAUUACCUUACUCUUUCUGUUGCAUGUUCAAGGGAGUCCCAAGAUAAGCUAGAGAUGAUCAUUGCUAAAGCGAUGGAAAAUACAGAUUUCAUUAGGUUAAAGAAAAAGUCUUAGAGAAAAUGCUGCAUGUAGAGAGAAAAUAUGAUGAACAUUCUGGACGACUGAAUAGGCUGAAUAAAUUGGGAGCAUUUGAAUGUGAGAGAGAAGCAGCUAAGACAGAAAUCCUAACAUGAAUUUAUUGUUCCCAUAUAUAUGUGAUAUAUGAUAUAGAGAUAUAUAAGGCAUAUCACUUCAAACUUGUCAGACCUAUCUUGGGUCAUUCCUGUGUGGCAGAAGGAAAGGGAAGCAGUUACUAUCUACAUUUGGCUCAUGAAGAAAGAGAGCAUAUGAGUUAAGGCUUCUUUUAGACACCCCAUGCCCAGCCUCUGACUCCUUUAUCUAUGACGCACCCAUGUCCCCAGCAUCACCUGUGCAUUUCGACGCUCUAACAUUCAUGCUCCAUUUCUUCAGUCAGUUCCAGCCCAUAACUCCAGCAGUUUGCCCUUUCUCCCCCGCCAUCCUGGCCAGCAUCUGGGAAGCACUUGUGGCCAAGGACGCAGUCACCCGUGCUUGUCUCCUUGGCUAACACACAGGCACACAGCAUUCUGUCCCUUCACCAUAGAUAAGCUGCCACAGAGCCAAGGAAACAGCCAGGGACAGGAAGCUGUUGCUUUGCUCAAUGGGGUGAUGUGUAAGGCAAAGCCAGCUGUGACUGUCACCCUAAGGUCCUCAGGAACACAAAGGUCUUUCAGGGAGCCUGUGAGUCGUUGGGCACACUCUGAUCAGAAGCCACAAAUGGCCUCUCCUCACGGCACAGCCCUCAGCAUGAAAGCAGAGAGAGGCACAGACAGUCCCCAGCUUAUGAGCUGGCUGGGUUCUGAGUUCAUCUGUUCAGAAGUCAAGAAUGUGUUUUUCCAGGAGGCAUUGUUAUAAAUGGGGGAGGGGAAUAUGUUCCCAGAGGAACCAAAAAAAUAAACAUCUAUUUAAUGUACACCAAGAGUUGGCACAUUUUUUCUGUAAAGGGCUAGAUGGUAAAUAUUUUAGACAUGAUCUCUAAGACAAUAUAUUUAAAUAUGGUCUCUAACACACAAUUCUGUUUUGGCCUUGGGGGACCUAAGGGACAAAUCUCUUAAAAUGUAGAUCCAUUUUUAGUUCACAUGAAAACAGGCCCAUGGGCUACACAAUUUGCUACCCAUGCUCCACGCCAGCUUAUGCUAUCCAUCAAACAAUGCUAAUGGUAAACCAUGGGUUUGGGUGAUCAGCACCCAAACAUGCUUUUAAAAAUAGGUCAUUGGUACAUCACUACUGGACUAAAUUAAUGUUCCCAACCUAAGUGAGCUGUUACAUAGUGAUGAGUUCUUAUCCUCGUGGUUUCUAAGCAAGUAGUUGGAGCAGAAGGAAGCAUGUGUUGCCUCCACACUGAGCCCUGUCUGGUCAGCAGAAACCCUGAGUCUAGGGUCUUCUGGGCUUCAUAGAGAAUCUCUCUACGAUGAUCUACCUAACUCAGAGCAACAACAGAAAUCAGAUGCCACUUGAUGGAGGCUGGCCUGAAAUUUUUCCCAGACUCUUUGAACCUUCCAAUGUGGAGGUCCCCAGAAGCAUUCUGGGCUUCUUGAAGAGGGAUUCUGCCCACUGCACCCUUUUGAGUUAGGGCUUUGGGGAACCAACUUAGAACUCAUUAGGAAGAGUCAUGGGACACAAAGAACAUCUAAAAGGCAAAUUAGAUUCUGCCUUCUGUUUCUCCCUUUCCUAUUUUUCUCUUUGCUAUAAAUCUAGAAUCACUUACAGAAGUAGGACUACUAUAAGGAAACAUACUUAGCCGACCCCAGGAUUAUGGAAGCCAUGCUUCCCUGAACUAGUACUUCAUCAGCUAGACCUCCUUCCCUUCUUCUCUAGCCUCAGUGGGCAGUGAGGAGGAGCACGAUGCUCCCAGGUGUGAUUAAGGCUCAGAUCCCAUGGCCUGAGUGCUGAGAAGGAAAAUUCCAUGGCUGGGCUGUGGGUGGGACAGUGGAGCAGAUCUGGCCUGGUCUAGAAGGACCUGGAAAUAUUGGAGCCAUUUAGCAAAAAGACCACA